ACACACACACACACACAAUGAAGUGUGAGGACUUGGACGUGCCCUGACCUCACACUGUCCUUCAGCGGAGGAGACACAGCAGUAGGGCACACUGCACCAGAUGGCCCUGCAUUUGCAUCACAAAUGCAGAGAGAAACGUUGCCGGAGUUCGACUCCGUUCCCUACAGAAAAAACCUUUUGCAGCUGCUCUGCCAUUGUGUGUGGGAGGCACCCGGGAAUUAUCACAUGAAAGACCCUACUGAUGGCAUUUCCCAUGUGCCUAAAAGAAAAUCUGGAGCACUAGGUACAACCGAAUUUCUGGAUGCUGCUGAAAUGUCAGUCAGCGUUCAUGAGAACCGCAAGUCUCGGACCAGCACGGGCUCCAUGAACAUCUCCCUGUUCCAUAAGCCCUCCCAUCCUGACAUUGUGCUCACCCACCUCAACACACUCCGCAAGCAAUGCAUGUUCACCGAUGUGACCCUGCGGGCAGGGGGGCGCUCCUUCCCCUGCCAUCGAGCUGUGCUGGCCGCCUGCAGCCGUUACUUUGAGGCCAUGUUCAGUGUGGGCCUGCGAGAGAGCCUGGAUGGCGAGGUGGAUUUCCGUGACAGUGUCCACCCCGAAGUACUGGAGCUGUUACUGGAUUUCACCUACACCUCGCGCCUGGUUAUCAACGAGGAGAACGCAGAGUCUCUGCUGGAGGCCGGUGACAUGCUACAGUUCCAUGACAUUCGUGACGCUGCCGCCGACUUCUUGGAGAAGAACCUGCACUGCUCCAACUGCCUGGGCAUGAUGCUCCUGUCAGAUGCCCACCAGUGCAGACACCUCUAUGAGCUCUCCUGGAGAAUGUGCCUCGUCCAUUUUGAAGCGCUGCGAGACACAGAGGACUUCUAUAACCUGUCAAAAGAGAAGCUCUUGGACUUGAUCCUCAGCGAUGAUCUGGAGAUUGAAGAUGAGCGUGUCGUGAUUAGCGCUGUGAUGCGCUGGGUGCGACACGAUCUAGACAACAGGAGAGACCAUCUCCCCGAUUUGCUCCAAGGUGUUCGCCUGGCAUUGCUGCCAUCAGAGUGUCUGAUUGAGGCAGUCGCUUGCGAGGAGUUGGUCAUGUCAGAUAAACGAAGCCGGCAGAUUGUGGAAGAGGCCUUGCAGUGCAAGAAGAAGAUCCUACAGAAUGACGGCGUGGUCACCAGCCCAUAUGCUCGCCCUCGUAAGGCUGGCCACACAUUACUCAUUCUUGGAGGUCAGACUUUCAUGUGUGACAAAAUCUACCAGGUGGACCACAAAGCCAAGGAGAUAAUUCCUAAGUCGGACCUUCCCAGCCCCAGGAAGGAGUUCAGUGCCUGUGCCAUUGGCUGCAAAGUGUAUGUUACUGGUGGGAGGGGUUCAGAAAAUGGUGUCUCAAAAGAUGUUUGGAUUUAUGAUACAGUCCAUGAAGAGUGGUGCAAAGGAGCCCCAAUGUUGAUUGCUCGUUUUGGACAUGGAUCAGCAGAGCUGGAGAAUUCAUUGUAUGUAGUGGGUGGCCACACAGCCAUAGCAGGAGUUUUUCCAGCAUCUCCAUCUGUAUCUUUAAAGCAGGUGGAGCGAUAUGAGCCUCUUUCAAAUAAAUGGAUCAUGAUGGCUCCGCUCAGGGACGGCGUCAGUAAUGCAGCCGUCGUUAGCGCCAAGCUGAAGCUUUUUGUCUUUGGUGGGACUUCCAUACACAGGGACAAAGCUUCCAAGGUGCAAUGUUACCACCCUGGAGAAAACCGCUGGACUGUCGCUGCCGAGUGCCCGCAGCCUUGGCGCUACACGGCCGCUGCUGUCUUGGGCAGCCAGAUCUUCAUAAUGGGUGGUGAUACAGAGUUCACAGCAGCCUCUGCCUACCGCUUUGACUGCGACAGCAACCAGUGGACACGUGUUGGGGACAUGACUUCUAAACGCAUGAGCUGUCAUGCUGUGGCUUCGGGAAACAAACUGUACGUGGUCGGGGGUUACUUCGGAGCACAGAGGUGCAAGACGCUGGAUUGUUACGAUCCUACAUCUGACAGCUGGAACAGCAUUACUACAGUACCGUACUCGCUAAUUCCCACCGCAUUUGUUAGCACCUGGAAACACUUGCCUGCUUGAACACCACCAAACCAACUGAACAAAAUGAACUCAAGAAGUCAACAACUGAUCUGGGUAAAAUUUUUAACAAAGUUGUAUCCAAAGUGGUGCUUCUUAUUUUAUUGAUAUCUAGAGUGAGUCUUGAAUAUGCUUUCAAACUUCUGAUUUUGUAAGCUAUUUUUAGGAAAUAUUAAGGGUAUAGCAUACAUUAAAACUUAACAUAAAAAAUGCAUGUGGCCAAAAUAAGCAAUUGACCUUAAAAUAUGAAAUUUGCACCUAUAUCUUUUUUUUUUUUUCUUUGUAAAAAUGAUUUGUAAAGAGUUUUUGUUGGCCUUUCUGACUGAAUCCAGCAUUUUUGUAUAUAGCCAUUUUACAAAAAGAAAAAAGAACUGAAAAAGGGGGUGAAAGACAUUAUCACAAGUGAUACCACUGUCAGAUAAUGACAUUUCUGAGUUUGUAACAAACUUGGGAAUCUUUUUAAUAAUCAAAUUUACAUAGUUGGGGCUACUGUGUGGCUAAAGAUAAGUUCUGACCAAACUGCUGCUGAAAUAAUGGCAGGGUUAGUAUAUGUGUCAAGGAGUCAUAGCGUGUUUAAUGCGUUUAUAGCGUGUUGCUCAGCAUAAUGUAUAAUAAUCCUGGUUUAUGUGCAAGCUUUAAACUGAUCUCAUAUGUGUAAGCGAGGACUUUGUUUCACACGGACCUGUUUCACAUACGGCCGAGUCUAUGCUUUGAAUCUCGGUUCUUCUGUUUGAGUUUUACACAUGUACAGCACACUAAAUACACCAAAGAGAACAAAUUGCAGAAAGGCAUCAAAAAAUGUGUGGCAGUAUCCAAGUGCUAAAAACAGAAAAUUCCAUUACACACAGUGACAUUGCGUAGCUUUAAUUUCAUUCUUUUUUCCACCAAUAAAGUAUAACAAGAAAACUCCAGUGGUCAAUUGAGAAACCCAAGAAUUAGACACUUUCGCUGAUACAUGCUACUGAAUUGUCCAUUGUCAUCUGUCUGCAUCCUCUGGACCUAAAAAUUAUCUCUCCUUUAAUAUUGGAAUAGAAAGGUUAUAAUUGGAAAUAUAAAAGCAGAAUGAAUAAUCUAUGAAAGGGACGUGUGCCUGGGAAUCCUUUUUCCGGUAAUAAAUGUUUAAAAACCUAAAGCGGAGGAAGGGAAGAGGGCUCCGGGACCACUAACAGAGUCAUGGUUUUACAUCAGCCUCCCCCUCUUGCUCAUACCAGAACUGUGAGAAUACUUACCGUCAUCACAUCACCACAACAUAAUCCCUUACUAUCAUUUACCUCAUAACACGCUUCCUUAAAUACCACCUCUAAGCAAAACUUGUGUUUAAGCCAGUUCAGCAUAGCACAAAUUUGGUUUUCCCUUCAAUUACAAAUAGGGUGGAGUUGGAAUUUCUACAGCGUUAUCUUUUAGUCUAAUAAAAAGUUAUCCCCAAUAUUUACAUUUAUUCACUCAGCAGACGCCUUUCUCCAAAGUGACAAACAUCUCAAUGUAAUGUAUAAAUUUUACUAGUGAAAGGUACUGAAUGCAGAAUAUUAAUUAUAGACAGGCAUUCCUGUACAGGUGGU